CGCUGCUUCGCCUCUCUUUGUCUCUCUAAAAACCUUUCCUUUUUCUUGUUUUCUCUUUCUUAUUCUGCAUUUCUUGUUGCGAUUCGGAUUUCUUUGGUUCUCUUUCCAUCCCAACCUCCCUCGCCCCAUCUUCUUUUUCAACCAUAGAAUUAUUUGAUUUCGUCUUCUCUUCUUUUAUUCACCUUCACAUCUCUCUCUUCUGGUCUGCUCUCAACAUUCUUCCUUCUCUCUGGAGCUUCUGAUUCCCCCAUUGCCAUUCCUUUGAGAUCUCUCUCCCACUCACAAUGAAGAAGUUUAUCUUGAAACUGGAAUUGGAAGAUGACAAAGACAAGAGGAAGGCACUGAAGACAGUCUCUGCUCUUUCAGGAAUUGAUUUGAUCUCCAUGGACAUGAAAGAUAAGAAAUUGACAGUGAUUGGAACAGUGGACCCUGUAAGAGUUGUUAGCAAAUUGCGCAAACUUUGGCCGACUGAUAUAGUCCUAGUAGGGCAGGCAAAAGAGCCUGAGAAGAAGGAGGAGCCAAAGAAGGAAGAACCCAAGAAAGAGGAGGAAGCCAAGAAGGAGGAGGCGAAGAAAGAGGAGCCAAAGAAGGAAGAAGAACCCAAGAAGGAGGAAGAGCCGAAGAAGGAAGAGGAGAAGAAGAAGGAGCCAGAGCCAGUGGUAGGGAUUAUGCCUUACAGACCAUACUACCCGCCCAUGAACACAUAUUACCAUGCUCAUCACAGCAUGGAAGAGAACCCGAAUGCCUGCACCAUCUGUUAAUUUGGCGAGAAAAUAUGAAUCCUGUGCCUCUUUUAGUUGGUUCCAGGUUUCUAUCUUCCCGGAGCAAAUCUGAGGGAGCAUCUGAGAACAGGGAAGAUCCUGUGUAUAAUUUUGCUAUGUUCUAUAGAUCUUGUUCAAAAAAUGAAAGUUAAUGUGUAAAGGGAUCUAAAUGAAUUUUGUCAUGAUUCUGAGUGCUCAAGUUAGAGCUGAUGUUUAAUAUGAAUGCUUUCUCUUUUGAGUUUGAAGCAAUCAGUCUUCUUAUUAUUGGAA